CAAAGUUAACAACAACUAAAAUUGUUUUAAUGCUGCCCCAACAAACGGUCAAACUCAAACAAGGAGUCGGUCUUCAUGCACACACAAAUCUAAAAUGUGGAGAUGGACAGAUACGAUACGACGCUGAUCUGCUGAUCUCCUGUCGAGUGGGAUGGUCCUUUCUGACGAGGGUGUGCGCAAUAUAUAAACCUCCUGAUGAAACUUUCGAAAGGGGAAAUCCAAAAUAUCUCACAACUCGCAGCAGCCAUUAAGUCAACAGCAAAGAUGCAGACCUGGAUGCUGAUGUGUUUGGUGGUGCCGGCCGUGGUUUGGGCGGAGGACUGCCCUGCCGCGGACAGCUGCGUGGAGGGCCACACAUGCUGCAGCAGCCCAGGGAACGGCUUCGCCUGCUGUCCAUUUGAGCAGGCGGUGUGCUGUGAGGACCGGGUCCACUGCUGCCCGGUGCAUACCCGCUGCGACGUGGAAGCCUCCUGCUGCGUGAACGACACCAUGUCCGUCCCCUGGGAGGAGGGACGCUCUGCCCCCCCGCCCACGCUCACCAAAUCGUUCAGGAUGGUGCGGUCGUACGACACGGAGGAGGAUGACAACAUCUGUCCGGAUGAGUCCCGGUGCCCGCCGGAGUACUCCUGUCUGAAGGCCCUGACCCGGUUUAACUGCUGCCCCCUCGCCAAGGGUAUCUCGUGCAGCGAUGGGAAACACUGCUGUCCCGAAGGACACGGGUGUAGCGUCGACAGUCGCUCGUGUAUCAGUAAAGAGCUCGUCAGCCCGGUCGUCUGCAGUGACGGCGAAUCAGAGUGUCCGGAGGAGACCAGCUGCUGUCAGAACUCCGACAGCAGCUGGGGUUGCUGCCCCUUCCCAGAGGCCACCUGCUGUGAGGACAUGGCACACUGCUGCCCAGGGGCCAGUGUGUGUGAUGUCGAACAGUCCAAAUGUGUUUCCUUGUCCACCAAGAAGGAGACGCCGAUGUGGGCCAAGCUUCAUGCAAGGAGGAUAGCCGAAUGGGAGAGAGCCGAAAGUGAAGAAGAACAAGGGACAGUUCCGGCCCUUUCUGGUGAGGGGAGCCUUGAGACCCCCACUGAGACCCCCACUGAGACCCCGAAUGAGACCCCAAGUGAGGUCACCACUGAGACCCCCACUGAGACCACGAAUGAGACCCCAAGUGAGGUCACCACUGAGUCCCCCACUGAGACCCCCACUGAGACCCCCACUGAGACCCCCACCGAGACCCCCACUGAGUUGACCCCUGCUGGUCCAAUAGAGGACGCUACAGAGCUGCUCUCAGAAACCACAUCUGGUAACGAUAUCCAAUGCAACAAGUCCUACUCUUGUUUGGAUGGAGAGACGUGCUGUAAGACCCUCAACAAAGCGUGGGGAUGCUGUCCGCUACCCAAGGCCGUCUGCUGUGAGGACUUGAUACAUUGCUGUCCGCAUGGCACGACAUGCAACCCCAAAGAACGCACCUGCGACGAUGGCUCCACCCAGGUCCCCUGGGUGGAGAAGUCAGCGGCUGUCCCCACGCAGGCUGCCCUGGAGAACCCCUCUGGAGCUGAGGCCAGUGGAGAGAACGCAGAAGAAGAGACGUCGGAACAGGAGGUGUCUGCGGGCGGAGACGUCCAGUGUGACGCUCACACCCGCUGCCCACCACAGACCACCUGCUGCUACAUGAUCGCAGCCCGGCAGUGGGGCUGCUGCCCCAUACCAAAGGCGGUGUGCUGCUCCGACGGAGCCCACUGCUGUCCCGACAACUACAAGUGUGAUGAGAGUACGGGCCAGUGCUACCGAGGAGAGGUGGCCAUCCCCUGGUACACCAAGGUCCCCGCCGUGGGGGGCGACAGCGUGGCCCUUGGGGACUCGGUGCCGUGUGACAGCGAGACCCGAUGCGCCGUUCACUUCACCUGCUGCCGCCUCUCCUCGGGCCAGUGGGGGUGCUGCCCUCUGUAUGAGGCCGUGUGCUGCCCUGACCAGCAGCACUGCUGCCCCUGGGGCUACAGCUGCAACACCCGCACUGCCUCCUGCCAGCAGGUGACCGUGGUCGAGUGGGACAGCCUCCCUUUCUCCCGCAUCGUGCUGCCCCAGGCCCACCUUACCCUGGACGGCUCAGAGGAGGAGCUGGACGGAUCGGAGGAGGAGCAGGCCGGAACCUGCCAGGGCGCCUCCUCCUCCUGCCCAGAGGAGGAGACCUGCUGCCAGAAGUCCUCCAAUGCGUGGGCCUGUUGUUCGUCUCCUAACGCGGUUUGCUGCGACGAUAUGGAGCACUGCUGCCCGUCCGGCCAUACCUGCGGUGAGGGCGGGACCUGUAGCCGGAACGUAGAGCUGCAGUGGAAGAGCUGGCACAUGUUCUUCUCCAGGCCGGGAAUGAGAGCUCUGAAGCUUUAAUCAGCUGCUGUUUCCUGCUCUUAAUGGCUCCAAAUCAAGUUGCACUACUUGGAAACUCGCCAAUGGAUGCUAGAUCUGCUGGUUUGGGAUUAAUUGGUUUAGUGAUGGGGAAAUUAUCAAAAGUUAAUGAAUCUGAGAAUAAAACAAUACAAUCAUAACUGAGGGUUUCUUGAACGUGGCUGAUUGGCUUAGAAUAUACUUUGAUACGGGUAUUUGUAAAAAUAAUGUUUAUUUUACGUAAUAUAAAUGGUGGUGCAUACCAAACUAUAGGGGCUUAUUUGUCCUGAAUCUCAAAUCGAACGAUGGAUCUUUUAGAUAUUUGAUCUAUGUAAUAAAUAGUGUUUGUGAAAAUGCGCUCUGAUUGUGUUUAAAAACGAAAUAAAGUUUUACAAAACAAA